AUGAUCUCUCUCCACGACCCAGUCUCCUCAGCCUUGACCCCACCCGGGGUCAGACCUUUACCGAAUCCCCUCAACCGCGGCCUGACGGUCGGCAUGACACGAGGCCAGAACAAAGCACACCUCAUCCAACACUACCUCCCCCACCUCUACGACGCCGUCCUAACUCUCAACCUAACCUUCGACGAAGCGAUCCAACACCUCAUGUACCAGGGCAGUAACAACCUCGUCGGGAUCGCCGGCUCGUCGUCAACCCGCCUCUACGCCUACUUACCCCACCACAUCGAAACAAUCUUCCUCCGCGUCCUAGAAACCAUAACCAAAUACGGCCAUGACGAAAGCCUCCUCACGCACAAAAUCCUCCGCCACCUAGAAAAAGAAGCGGAUAAGGAUGCCGCGGCCGAAGAUCUCUGGUUCGACCCUUGGCUCGGCGAAGACCACGAGCGCACGAUCCGGCUCUUUCGCACCCUGGCCGAAGUCUCCCUGCUAUCUCAUAGUUAUUGGUUAGGUAGUGUCCUGGCCUUGUUUUUCCAGCAGGAACGACAUGAGUUGUUGACCUCGGCGCCGCAGGGUGAGGUUUACGAAUGGGCGUGUAAUAUUGGGCGGAGCUGUAUGGGCCGGGGGGAGCAGGUGCAGUGUUUGAAGGUUGUCGAGCGGUAUUCGCCUGGUGUUGUCAACGCGGUCUUUGGUGGCGGUAGUCGUGGUGGACGGUAUCCUGUUCGGCCGAGCAUGCCCAGGGCCUCGUCGUCUUUGGAGCUGGUGCCUUUGGGCUCGAAUCGCUCCUUGCGGCCCUCCGGAGCAGGGUACUCUCCUCCUCGUCGUCGUCGUAGUCGCAAUGCUCUCGAUGAUGACUACGACGACGACUUCGGGCUGCGUCCCCGACCUCCUCUGCUAGGUAGUGGGAGACGUCCACGGAGCCGCUUCCGAGACCAAAGUCGGCGCUCACGAUUGGUGGCGGAUUUCCGCAGGAUCGAGGAUCAGGUGGAGAAUGUGCUUGAUGCGGCGGAGGUGCUGCAGGAGGAGACGAGAGAGCUGCGGGAGAUUACGGGGAGGAGAUGA